AUGGCAGACCGGAAAACGAUCCAGGACCUCAAGGAAACUAAAGCGAAACUCGAGGAUGAGCGAGCGCAGCGGGAUCAGUGGGCCUCUCUGCUUCCAGAGGCUGAGAAUGGAACCAGUGAAGAGUCCCAAGCACUCGCAGCCGAGAUUCGCGCAUCUAUCGCCCAACAGGACGCAGCAAUCGCUUCACUUUCCGAUAAGCUCUCCGCGCUCCAAAAGCAGCUUCCCGAGAGCGCCGAACCCGACCCUGCCGCUCCCAAGUUCGACCCAGAGAAGCAUCCCAUGUUGAGGAAGGCUGUGGAGAAGGUUGAACCUGCCAAGCCAGUCAAUUUCAACACUGGAGACAUCUGCGAGGUUCUGUGGACGGACAAGAGUUGGUACAGAGCAAAGGUACAAACCGUCCUUGGUUCCGUCUCUGACCCCAAGUAUCGCAUCCGCUUUCUUGAAUACGAAGAGAGCAUUACAGUUGGUCGUGACUCCAUCCGCCCCCUCCCCAAUGAGAAGAAGCGCAAAGCCGAAGUAGCGACUGUACCAACCCCUCCACCUGUCGCUCAAUCCCCGCAUGUCAUCUCUGGCCCGGCGAGCAUCAAUCCCGAGGCGCUCGCAGCCAAGAAGGACCCUGCUCCAGAUAAUGCGGCUCCUCCACCUCGUCGCAAGAUUGGUGGACACAAGGCGUUGGAACGGAAAGCAAACGACUGGAAGGCUUUCACGACCAAGGGUGUUGGCAAGCAAAUCGGAAAGAAGGACUCUAUGUUCCGUUCGGGCACUACGGUCAACAGCAGAGUCGGUUUCACCGGUUCAGGUGCUGGUAUGACCAAGACCAACAAGCGUGUUCGUUACAACAACAAGGACAAAGAUGAAGACGAGGAUACCAUGAGUAACAGACAUCGGACGGACGAUUACCAGCCAAGGUCCCGAUACUGA